AUGGAUCAGCAACAGUACUGCCUGAAAUGGAGCAACUAUUCGUCGAACCUGGCCGCGGCCUUCUCCAACCUCUUCGAUUCGGCCACCCUCACAGACGUGACGUUGGUUUGUGGAGGAACCGUAUUCAAUGCUCACAAAGUAAUCCUGGCGGCAUGCUCCAAAAACUUUGCCGACCUCUUCGAGCGGGCUCCGGUCGGCACGGGACAGAUAUGCGUCAUGCUGGAGGCGACCUCCGCGGACAACAUGCACGCCCUGCUCGAGUUUAUGUAUAAAGGCGAGGUGCACGUGUCGCAGAAGGCGCUGGAAAGCUUUCUGAAGGCAGCUGAGAACUUGCAGGUUAAAGGGCUCACCACCGAGCAUGGUCGGUUCGCGAGCGCCAACGCCAGCCAACCGUCACAGUCACCGUUCCACGGUCCGCCGAACGAUCUGCCAUCACCCGCCAUCCGUCGGCAGCAGAGGAACAGUCUAUCGUCCUCGCUAGAAUCGAUCAACCGGGCAGUGAAGCGAGAAAACGACAGCGUCGUCGGAAGUGCCACCAGCGGUGGAAACGGCUCCAGCCACGGCGUCGGAACCGGAGGUGCUGGAGGUACCGGUAGCGUCGGCAGCGGAUCGGACCGUGGGUGCGGCACGGGUGUAGGCCGCGGAAGCGAUCGAGGCGAUGGUGGAGUUGGCGGUGGUGGUGGUGGUGGCGGAGGAGGAGGCGGUGGUGGUGGCGGCGGUAACACACCAGCGUCCAGCUUCUCCACGUACCUGCAACCGUCGUAUCUGCCGGCGUCCUACGAAAACCGGAAACGGUCACUCCGGAGUCCGUUCUACGAGCACCAGGAGGCGACACGGGACAGCGUGCUGCGGGAUGGAAAGGCCAGCACAGGCAACGGCAGCCCGGUGAGUGGCAGUAAAAACUAUCGACCAUCGAGCAGCGGUUCAUCGGCGACACCAACGGAAGCGGACACUAUACACACGGAUCGGGAUUCACCGCAACAGUCGAAUCGGUAUGAAAAUCACAGUCCCAGCACAACGCACCAUGGCCACGGUAACGGACCGGUAUCAUCGAACACAAUGGAUCGGGAUGAUCGCAACGAUCACAACGGCUCGGUAGACCACAAGGUGAAACACGAAUGUCGAGAGGGCAACGAGGCUGGCGCGGAAGAUUUACGAGUAAAAAUGGAAAUGCGACCGAUUCAGUCCCCACUGCGAUCAUCGGCACCGUCCACGCCUACGACACCGGUUGGGUUUAUCAACGUGAAGGGUGGCCUCGAGGCGGCGAUACCAUCGGUCGACAUGCUGGGCAUGAUCAGCACACCGCGGGAAAGCGUCACCACGGCGGAUGGUUUGCUGUGCGUUCCAGGCAAAAAGCUGCAGUGCCCGCUCUGUGACCGGCAGUACGGCUACGAGACGAACCUUCGGGCGCACAUCCGCCAGCGGCAUCAGGGCAUCCGCGUGCCAUGCCCGUACUGCAGCCGGACGUUCACGCGCAACAACACCGUCAGAAGGCACAUCGCGCGGGAGCACAAGCAGCAGACGCAGUUUAUGCCGAGCCAGCUGCACAGCUAA